AUGGCACCUAAACUAAAAUUCGCUGAAGGUGAAAAAGUGUUGUGUUUUCACGGUCCACUCAUAUAUGAGGCGAAAUGUCUUAAAAGUUCAGUUACAAAGGACAAGCAUGUCCGAUAUUUGAUACAUUACGCCGGUUGGAAUAAAAAUUGGGAUGAAUGGGUUCCGGAGAGCAGAGUAUUAAAAUACAAUGAAGCAAAUGUGCAACGACAAAAAGAAGUGCAGAGAGCACAUUCUGCACAACCAGCCAAGACAAAGAAAACACCGGCAAAAGGUCGGAGAUCGGAGGCAGCUGCUAAUUCUACUCCUGCUAGAGAGGAAUCAAGAGCUUCAACACCUGCUGGAAAGGAUGUUGAAUCAACUCCCGCCCCCACUAAAGCUUCAAAAACUCAGAGUAAAGAUGUUCCUGCUGACUCCGGCUCAGAUCAGCCCAAGAAAAAACGUGGACGUCUUGAUCUAUCAAUCGAAUCAGAAGAACAAUAUCUAGCGAAGGUUGAAGUCAAGAUAAAAAUACCCGAGGAAUUGAAAGUGUGGCUCGUUGACGACUGGGAUGUAAUAACAAGACAACAGAAACUAGCUAUAUUACCCGCAAAACUAACCGUUGCCCAAAUAGUAGAUAACUAUCUAGCAUUUAAGAAGUCAAGUAAACUGCACAAUCAGGCAAAAGAAUCAGUAUUAGUCGACAUAACGGAGGGCAUCAAAGAAUAUUUCAAUGCUACAAUCGGUUCACAAUUAUUAUAUAAAUUCGAAAGACCUCAGUAUAGCGAGAUAUUACAAGAAUAUCCGGACACACCAUUAUCCCAAAUAUAUGGUUCAAUACAUUUGUUGAGAUUAUUCGCUAAAAUGGGACCGAUGUUAGCUUAUACUGCACUCGAUGAGAAAUCUUUACAACAUGUGCUAUCACAUAUACAAGAUUUCCUUAAAUAUAUGGUUACAAAUAGAUCUACAUUAUUCAACUUGCAAGAUUAUGGAAACGCUACUCCGGAGUAUCAUAGGAAAGUGCAGUGA